GCAUGGUGUUUGAUAUACUAAAAUGACGACUGCGAGCUUACCCAGGGUUCCCGAGGGUCUGCGGGAUCUGAUGAAGGUGUACACCAAAGAAGUGUUACGUGAAAAGCCGGCUGACUUGUAUGGGUUUUCGGCCAACUUUUUCAACGUGAUUGUUGGUGAAAAAUCACACCAAGUGGUGCGAAAAUACGAGCCAGUGCAAACUUAUGAAACCAUCAUGAAAAACCGAGUGCGACAGCAGGUGCCGCUGUCCCUUGUGUUCAAUAUCAUCCCAGAAAAACUGACCGAUCUAAUCAAACAAUUUAUAAAGGCAGUUCUAAGGGAAAAACCGGAAAACAUAUACAUAUUCGCGCAGGAGUACUUUCAAAGGAUGUCCAAGGAAAAGUCGGGGCGAAUUGAGUACACCAAGUAUUCGACAUACGAAAAGUCAUUAAAGGACAAAGAAAACGUAACUCCUGUAUCGAAGGUAACCUGUGAGUGUGGACGUAUACUUAGUGCGAAAACGAAGGAUGUGGAAAACACGGCAUCCGCAUAUACAGAUACCAAAUUAGCUGAGGCAGAUCAGAGCACAUUCUCGAGCAGCAUUUCGUACUUGCAAUCAGUUGUCAUUAUUCAGAGACAUUUUCGACGAUAUCUCAAGCAGCGGAAUUUAGGUCGGGAAAAGGAUAAAUGCAAUAGCGUGGAAUACGUGGCAGCAAUUCUCCUUAUUCAAAGGCAGGUUCGUCGCCUUUUGGCCAAGAAGCGAGUUGAAGAACUUAAAAAUUCACGUGACGCCCGAAAACUUAGUUCUAAAUUUAACGCUGCCGACUAUAUGAAAGCCGUUGUCGUCAUUCAGCGACAUUAUCGCAUAUAUUUGAAAAGGAAGCAGGAGCAAAAUCGAUUGAAAAACGGCACAGUAUCCUUAGCAACAGCCGCCAUUAUAAUCCAGAGAGCCUUCAGGAGGAUGGUGGCGCUACACAGGGCCAAAAGAAGCGCAUCAUCGGCAGCAGAUCAAGCCGAGGAACUCAACGACAAUGCCUCUGAAACAGGCUCCUACACAUCCGUCUCCACCGCACUCCUUUCAACGGAAUCCACCGAGCUGGGAAUCGCAAACUUCGAGGAACGAGUCCAUCAGAAAAUAAUUCAUGAGGACGAGGAAGUGGAUAACGAUAACGUUGAUGUCGGCCUUGAGAAGGAGUUCGCAGAACCCAUUAAAGGCGCAGAAAAAUCGAUACAACUAAAGAAAAGCGAAAUCCUAAGUGGUGCUUUAAUCGAGAACAUGAUUUGCAAACCUAACUUGGAAAAUGUUAAGGACUUUAAUAAUGAAUCAAAAGAUUUGGAAGUUGAUGCAAAGGUCCCUGCCGAACUGGAAAAUAUUAAGGAUUUUAUUAGCGAAUCAAAAGACUUAGAAGAGGAUGCAGAGAUCCCUGCAGAUUUAGUCAUUGAAGCUGUCAAAAGUAGAGCUAGCCAAGAUCAAAAACCUGAAAUUAUUAGUAAUACAGCCAGCAUAGAUUUGGAAUCAGCAGCUCAUAUCGAACUUAAAGCUAAACAUGACGAAGAAGAACUCGAGUUGGCUAAAGAAGCUGAACUAAAAACUAUUAAAGACAGUUUGGAUAUCGAAUUGGAAACUCAAGAUGAGCUUAAAGAUAAGGCCCCUAAUCUGGAAUCGAAAUAUGUUGCUGAAACUAAACCUAAAAACGAAAGCGUAGAUAUUGUUGAGCAAGAAGGUGGGGAAUCUAAAGAUCCUAACUUGGCUAAAGAAAUUGAGAAAAAAGAAAAUGAUGCAAUGGAAAAUAUUUUGAAAACAGUGGAAGAUUCUUCUAAUAAUUUGGGAGAUGAGCAGGAAAAAUCAGUUAAAGCCGAAGUUACCCCAACUGUUUCGAUUGAAAUCGAGCAUGUAAUAGAUAUUGUAGAAGAUUCCAUAUUAACUCAUCACGAUUCUAAUGUUGAUUUGGUAAGGGAUUUAAGUGGUACCGACCAUGUGGCAGAUGAGUUGAAUAGUGAACCCACUGUAGAAGAAGGUAGCUUCAAGACGGUUUUGGACAAUCAUAAUGGGGAACUUCGUGAGCAAGAAACUAUAAAUGAAAAUAAUAAUGAAGUAUCUAAAGACCCCCUAACCCCAAUCAAAAAUGAGGACUCUAUUAUGUUAGCUAAAAACGAUUCUUUAAGUGAACAUGAAAAUAAAUCUUUUCCAAAGUCUAGAGAUAAGAGAAGUACUGAAGACAAAGAAAUUGUUCAGUCUAAUUCGGAAAGUCAUGAGUCAUCGAUAAAAGGAGAUUUCGAUCUCUUAAAUGAAAGCGAUGCAAUCUUGAAGCCAAUUAUUCAGGAUGAAGUCCAGAUUAGUAACGACAAAGCGUUAGGGGAAUCAUCGGAAACUAUUCUAGCAACGGAAGAUAUUCCCAGAACAGAAAAUGAAACAAUCUCGGGAAGCACUGAAACUUUUAUAAAUAAUGCAAGAGAACCUCUGGAGGAAGUGGUCAAGCCAACGAUUGAAGAAUUCACUUUGGUCAAAGAUUCACAAAUUGAUGAUGCCAUCAACGAUUUCAAGGAAAUUAUUUCAAAAAGCAUAGAUACGAAUGAUAAUUCUCAAAUUGAAAAUGAACUUCUAAAGCCCGACAUUAAAAAUAUCGAAGAGGCUUCCGAUUUGUCAAAGGCUGAGCUGGAAAAUGGACUAUUAGAUGACUUGAAAGCCAAGAAAGGGGAGCUGGAAAUUUUAGUGGAACCCGAAACUUAUAAAAUGGAUCAGAAUAUUGAAAAAAGCUUUGAGAAAUCGGACUAUUUACUUGAAAACAUCAAGGCGGAUAAUUCAUCAGAUGAAACAGAAAUUUUACAGAGUGAAAUUAAAAAACUUUCAAACCAGGAAACCUUACUAAUAGGAUCCGAAAGUUUAGAAACUGAAAAUAUUUCUUCAGUUGAAGGCGACAUUUUCAUUACAAGCAAUUCUGAGGAACCCAAGGCUGAAUUCCAUAAUUUUGGGGUUUUUAUAGAAGGGACGGCGGAAAAAGAUAAAAAUAAUAGAACUGAUACUCCAAAAUGUACUACUUACAUUCUUAUAGACGAGGCCGCCAUUGCAGACAUUAGUGAAAGUAUGGGAGAAAUUACAGUUCCAGCCAGUACCGUUAUCGUGGACGAUUCUUUAAUUGCAUCAGUGGAACACGAAUUUAAAGACUCAGUGAAAAAUGGUUCUGAGGGAUCUGACACCCAAACUGAAAAUAUUGAAGACAAUAAAGAAACUAAAAUGUCCAACGCGAGUGAAUCCGGACAUAGUACAAAAAUCAGUAUUGAUGACUCCAUUAUUGACAACACUAAAUUUUCAACUGAGGUAUCAGAAAUUGCAGGAGCUGAAGAUGAAACUUUACCAAUUGAAUCCGAAACAAUGCUCGUUAAAGACAAAAAACAAGUUGUUGAAUCUAUCGAAGUGGAUAACAUUUCAAAUGAAGAAUCAAAAAGCUUACAACUUGAAGUUAAUGUAUCAGAUACAAAAACUUUACCAAUCAAUUCUGGGUCUGAGAAAGUUGGAGAUAGUGAAUUAAAGCACAAAUCUACGGAACUAGAUAGUUUUUGUCCUGAACUCACAGAAGAGACAAAAAACAUAAGUAACACAUUUAAUGAUGAAAAGUCUGAAACUACAGAAAAAGUAUUGUCGACUUCAGAAGAAACAAAACAUUCCAGUGAAUUAGUGGAUAGUCAUAAAAGAAGCAAAGAAGAUAUUGAAAAUUCAACACAGCCUAAUGAAAGAGAAAUGUCUAUUAUAAAUACUGUCUUAGCAGUUAUGGAGGUAUCUGAUAAAAAUGAGACUGUUUCACAAGAAUUUGAGGACAAGGAGAUUGCCGUUCCAGAUGAUGAAGAUACUCUAGCAGUUAAAAACAAAGAAUCUGAUUCCAUAAUUGAAGAAAUGCUGGAUAAAACAAAACCAGAGUCUGCUUUGGAGAAAAAGAAGCCAGAUGAAGGUCCCACAGCCGCUCUUCUUGAAGAUGAGUCUCCAGAUCCGGAAACCAAACCUAAAAAAGAUGAUUCCACAGAUUUGGAAAGUAGCUCUGCCGCGGUGGAGGAUAAAUGUAUUGGAGAGUCCAAACCAAAAACCGAUUCGCCUGCCGCCUCAACUUCUGAAAAAAACUCUUCAUUGCUUGUAUCUAAUCAAUUAAUUGGCACCCAAAAUUUACCUACUAACCAUAUUGAGAUCGAAAAGAACACCAAGAAGUUGUCUAGCCCUAGUGUAAAAGAUAAAGAUAUUGGCACCUUAACGUCGGGGCGUCUUGUUCCCACACCCAUAGCUGAGCUGCAGCUCAAGUCAUUCAAAACUCCCAACGACGAUGGCGCCUGGUAUGAUAUUUAUAUGGAGCCCAAGAUUACUUCUGAAAAGGAUUCGGAUAAUACUCCAUCCCCGGUUCAAAUUGGCCAACCUGAUACAUCUUCAGUUGGAGAGGAACCUACCAUUGUCGCUGAAAGAAGUCCGAGUUAUUACACACCCAAAGAAAUCGUCGAAGCCGUUGUACCAAAAGCUAAGAACUCAGUCUUUUUUAUUUCAUUCGACCCGGAUGAUGGAAAACCCAAAUACAAAAUACCAAAAAAGUUUCGGGAUCAACCAAAAAAAGAUACUAUGAAAGAAAUUAUAAAAAUCGAUGAUAUUCAAUCGGAAUCUGAAGUUGAUUCAAACGACGAGGAAAUUGAAGUCAUUGAAGUUUCGGAGGGCGAUCCCGAGUACCAACAGAUUGGAGGAAGCAAACUACAAACCAUAUUGGAACUUGACAAUGAAAAUGAGCAGCCUACAGAAAUCAGCAACGAAAACUCAGCUUUAGAGCCAGAACUGGAAGAUUCGUCAAUAAGAAAUAUUAAUAAAGUCGAAAGUAAGAUGGAAAAAGUUAAUUCGGAAAAUAUAUCUGUACCAGGCAAUGAAAAGUUAUUAACACAGUCCACAAAAAGUGAUAUUGAGCGUUAUGAAUUGGCCUAUAAUACAGACAUAUCAAGAAUGACAAGGUCUGUGCAGAUCAUUGAAAGAGCUUACAAACGUUUUACAAAUAAACGUUCUUUGAAUAGUGAAUCAGACCAUGAGUCUGCUUUUUCAAAGCAAAACAGAGCAGCUAUAAUAAUACAAAAGUGGGUUCGGGAAUCUUUAAGGAAAAGGUCCUUGCAAGUUUCCUCAGACAUUUCCCAGAAAUCAAAAGAAAGUCUUGCUGCGAAGAAAAUUCAAAGGGCUUUUCGAAGAUAUGUAGAGAAAACAACCGAAAGAAAAUCAGCUAGUAAACAUUUUACAAAGAAAGAGGAAACUGCUGCACUCGUUAUUCAAAAGGCAAUUAGGCUAUAUUUGCAGAGGAACUAUGUCGAACCUAAUAAAACGCAAUUUCCAGAUAAAACAGAAUUUGAGCAAAAUCAAGCUGCCGAAAAAAUUCAAAGAGCUUACAGAAGGUAUCUAAAAUUAGCCGGUAAGUCAGAGAAGAUAGGUGAAUCACAGUCACAAGAGCUACAAGAGGUCGAUAAUCCAGUGGACGAUAUUUCCACCCCGAUUCAAUUGUUAAAUCCAUCCGAGGAAAAAGAAAUUGUAGUUUACAAAUCUGAAGAACUACAAAAUAUUGAGAAACCUUUAAAAGCUAGUUUAAGCUCAACUCAGUUUCUAAAAUCCACCGAUAAUCCUGAAAUUAUGAAUGAAUUACAGACAGAAGAACUUCAAGAAGAUGAGGGAGCUGCGGAAACGAUUUCAAAUCAAAUUCUGAUUUCAAAUUUAGCCGACGAACCUAAAAUGAUAAAAGAAGAGAAAGCGAAUGAAUUACGAGAACUGGAGAAUCCUUUAAAAGACAUUGAGAAUCCUUUGAAAGCUAGAUUGAGCUUAACUCAGAAUCAAAAAUCAUCCGAUAAUUCGGUAUUUAUGAAAGAAUCUCAGACAGAAGAACUACAAGAAGUAGAGAAAGCUGCGGAAACUAUUUCCAAUCAAAUUCUGAUGUCAAAUUUAGCCAACGAACCUAAAAUUAUAAAAAAAGUGAAAAACAGUGAAUUAAGAGAAUUAGAUAAUCUUUCUAAAGACACUCUUUUGUCGAGUUCCUUUGAUGGACCAGAAACUAUUACAGAAGUGCAGUCUAUAGAACAAGAAAAUUCCUUGAAAGCUAGCCAAUUGUAUACUCCAAAAUUAGCAGAUGAAAUUAUAAAUGUGUUUAAGGCAGACGAGUUAGAAGGGGAGAACCUUGCGAAAGUUAUUUCAAGCCCAAAAUUGGCGGACCAACCAAAGGAAACAAUUUCAGAUGAACUCAUCGAAUUAAAAAAUUCUCUGAAAGAUAACUCUAGUCCAAUUCAUAUGUCAAAGGCAGCCGAAGAACCUGAAAUCAUUAUUGAACUGCAUUCUGAAAACCUACAGGAAACUGAGAAUCUUGCAGAAGCUAAUUCAAGUCCAAUUCACUCUCCGAAAUUAGCGGACCAACCAAAAGAAACAUUGUCAGAUGAACUCAUCGAAUUAAAACAUUCCCUGAAAGAUAAUUCUAGUCCAAUUCCUAUGUCAAAGGCAGCCGAAGAUCCUGAAAUCAUUGGUGAACUGCAAUCUGAAAACCUACAGGAAACUGAAAAUCUUGCAGAAGCUAAUUCAAGUCCAAUUCACCCUCCGAAAUUGGCGGACCAACUAAAAGAAACAAUGUCAGAUGAACUCAUCGAAUUAAAACAUUCUCGGAAAGAUAAUUCUAGUCCAAUUCUUAUGUUUAAAGCAGCCGAUGAACCAGAAAUUAUCAGUGAACUGCAAUCUGAAAACCUACAGGAAACUGAGAGUCUUGCAGAAGCUAAUUCAAGUCCAAUUCACACUCUUAAAUUAGCCGACAGUACACAAAAACUACAAGAUUUACAGAUUGAAGAAGAAUUACAAGAGUUAGAUAAACAUGCACAAGCAAAUUCAAAUCGAGUUCAAGAUAAACCCGAGAUCAUAAUGGAAUUGGACACAGAUAAACUCCAAGCAGUAAAUAGUAAUGCUGAAACUAACUCAAGUUUAAUUUAUUCAUCAAAGGAUGAGCCUGACGGAAAGUCUAGUGCAGCUUCUGUAAUUCAAAGAGCUUUUAGACAAUAUAUGGAACGAAAAAAACUUGAAAAUUUCGAUGAGACCUCCUUUGACUCGAUUACGAGCUCACGAAUAACAGCCAUUGAAACAUCCAAUUAUCAAACUGCUGGAACUCCAUUAGAAAGUUUGGUAAAGGAACCCACCGAUGAACCAAUCGAAGAUGCGUCGAAGGGCAGCCAGAAGUCAGAGUGGUUUGUGGGAUCAACUCGCAUAAUACCUAGCCAGGGAGUCGUCGAAGAACAUCUUGGGGUUGAAACCGAUCCGGAUCCAGCUGCAAUCACAAGUAAAACUGAGCUCAACACCAGCACGCAAGUAGAAUCAGUUGAAACAGUAGAUAGAACGCAUGGCUCGCUUGAAUCCAAAUUAACUCCUGGUAUUAGCAGUUCCAAAAUCGAUGAGAGUGUAGGCAGUGCAUCUGAAAAGGAUAAUGCAGUCUCUUCUGGUUUAGCAGGUUUAACGAAGUCUUCUGAAGCUGGACUUGGUUCAGGGGAGGAUCCACUACUUCUAUCGCAAUCGGAUUUCGGUGGUAUCGUACAUUCUCUAGAUAUUGCUUCAACUCAAGAACUUGUUAAUAAUUUUUUGGAAAAUGAGAUUGAGUACUCAUCUAAGCAGGGACCCUUCCUACCACAGGAAGUUAAAGAGGAACCUUGUGUGAAGAAAUCUGCUUCACUGGUUAAUCUUUCCGAAGGUGAAUCGGAGCCAGAUCUUGCUAGUCAGAAAGCUGAAAAUACAGAUUCUUCAGCAUCUGAAAAUACGGGCUUAGACACACUAUCUGCGGACACAAUCGACAAGGCAACCAUCAAGUUGUCCAAGCCAGAGGAAGUGAUUGAAAAAAUGACGCAGCUAAGAGACUCCAAGUCCCACGACAGGCUUCCUUCGGCAGAUCCCAGUUUUGAUGAAUCCGUAGUGCGACCCAUGAGUUCCUUGCAGGAACAGUACAGCCUGGACAUCGAGGAUGGCGAUAUUAUCGUAUACAAUCGACUGCAGCGGGAUGAAACCCGGGAAAGCUCGGCCCAGAGUGACUCCGUAGUCUUCGGUGAGGCAGUAGCUGAAAAAAUACAAGACAAGGACCUGCUCAAUGAGGAAGAAUCCGGAAGAGUGCACCUAAUGCGGCAUUACACGAUCGCUGGAGAUGAUCCACGGGGUCUGUUUAGAUCGGUGACUAUUGAUGAUGCUCUUAGUUUUGUCGAAGUCGGAGGCAAAGAUAUGGGCAUUAACAGCACCAAUAGUUUCUGUUUGGACGAUGAGACCUCGGAGAACAUACGCAAAAAGAUGAUGGCUUACUCGUUAUCUGAAACGGAUUCCGAUUACUUUGAUCCGAGGAAGACCAGCAAGGAGGACUUUGACGUAGACACGGCCAUGGCAGAUGACAUGGGGACAUCCACCGAAACGGAAUCCACCAUUGUUUCGGCGGCCACCAAAAUUCAGGCUGGAGCUCGUGGCUUCCUCACCAGACGAAGAUUGCGUAGGGCAAGUGCUGGGACAAAGUCCUCCACUUUGGAUACCAAGGCGUCAUUCGGCAACGAUGCAAUCAGCGAGUCCCUGGAAAGAUUCAUCGAGGAGGAGGCGGCGAAAAAGAUACAGGCCGCAUACCGGAUGCACACCAGGAAACGCAAGGUUCACAACCGGAAAAUAGAAGGCAUCAGCUUGGAGAGCAACCUGGCGGCCAGACGUCAAAAGUUGCAGCGCGGGGAUGCGCUUCGAAAUGACUCUACCCCAGAUGAAGAAAGUAGUGUGAUUGCCAGUGGAGUACAAGCACAAAAAAGCUCCAAACUAAUAAAAAGCAAAACAGUUGGUGAGGCAAAAUUGAAAGCCGACAUGGAGUUAAAAUGGUUGAAAAUGAGGCAGAACUCGAUGCCCGUUCAAAUUGAUUGCGAAGUUUUCAGAGUUAUUCCCAAGCAUAUGCGAAAACGUAUAAAAAGCGCCGAGGCAAACAAAAGGAAAUAAAAUAAACAAGUCUAUAAGUAUCAACGCUGAACUAUAUCUAAAUAAAAUAUAUAUCUAAUCGAAAAUGUUUUUGUUAUCAAACAAGCGGAAAGGCUUCCGGGAGUAAAUCAUAGCAUUUAUUUUCCUGAAUUUCAACGUAUUUAAUUUAAACGGACUGCGGAUGAGCGGAUGGCUGCCACUUUUGUUCUAAACAUUAAACGUAUUUGACAGAUUUAUGAGAUGGGUGUGCACCAUGUACAGAAAU